UCCUCUCUCCUCUAAGCCCUCGCCCAUUGCUUCCAUCCCGAAACCCUCGCAUAUCCCUCCUUCCAUCUCUGUUUCGUCCGAAGCAAUCGCCUUCGCACCGAACCCUCGCGAUACAGUGGCAAUUGGAGCUAGCUGGGGACGUCGGGAUCGUGGCUUAAAGAGACCCAAUACUCCCAUGUAUUUCCUCCUCUGCUCCUUUCCUACCGAAACCAUUGAGGAAGACAGGCCCGCAGCAUUCGUCAUCUUUUGCUUCUUGCGGUAACUGGCUCCCACAGCCUUUUAAGCUCCCGGGGCUGACUUCUUCUACCAUCUUGAAAGCUUUCAUGACCACCAGCCAGUGACUCCCAACUUUACCCUUUUUCAACGAAGUCAUACUGUUGCUGCUGAGCACGCAUCUGUUAGAAGCGUAAAGCAUUGAGAAGGUUUUGUUUUGGGAGCCAUUUAACCCGAUGGACAAAUCAACCUAAGUCUAUUUUGGAUAAAUAUUAUUUGAUGGCUUCAGCACGAAAAUCUAGAAAUGUGAACAAGCGAUUUAGCAAGGUCACCGAAGAGUUGCAGGAUGGGGAAGGAGGAAACCCAGGCAAAAGAACAAAAAAGAGGAAACUGUCAGACAUGUUAGGUUCUCAAUGGGGGAGAGAUGAGCUUGAACGCUUCUAUGAAGCCUACCGUAAACAUGGGAGGGAUUGGAGAAAGAUUGCUGCAGCAGUACGAAACAGACCUCCAGAAAUGGUGGAAGCUCUUUACAACAUGAAUAAGGCUUACUUAUCCCUUCCUGAGGGACAUGCAACUGCAGCUGGAUUAAUAGCGAUGAUGACUGAUCAUUACAAUAUUUUGGAUGGUAGUGAUAGCGAGGCAGAAAGCAAUGAUGCAUCAAGAACUUCUCGAAAAACGCCAAAGCGUGGGCGAGCGAAAUUUAGAGUUGCAUCCAAAGGUUCUGAGGGGCCUUAUCCUGAUUUACUGCAUUAUGAGUCAGCGUCGAGUUAUGGAUGUCUUUCCUUGUUGAAAUGGAGGCGUUCUGGAGAUUUAUUUGCAGGUAGCAGGCCUCGAGCUGUUGGAAAGAGAACCCCCCGCAUCCCUGUUCCUUUUUUUCUUAAGGAAGAUAGGAAUAGGGUAGUUUCACCUCAUAAGCAAGGAUUAAAGUCUGAGUGCCAUGCUGUGGAUGAUGAGGGUGUCCAUGUGGCUGCACUUGCGCUGGCUGAGGCUUCAAAGCGAGGUGAAUCACCACAGAUUUCACAAACUCCAAGCAGAAGACGUCACCUAAUGUAUUCCCCCGCACCAAGUGGUGAAAGAAAGAUUGGGGAUUCCAAAUCCUUUAAUGGUCAAGUGGACGAUGACCAUCUUGAAGGCAGCUUAGGAAGCAGGGAGGCUGAGAAUGGGGAGUUCUUUAAAGAAGCUAGUAUAUCUGAAACCCGCCAAAAAUCAAAGAAAGUACAAGGAAAGAGAUCAAACGCAUUUGUAGACGAACAAUUUGAUGAUGACAGGGAAGCUUGUAGUGGUACUGAGGAAGGUGUUAAUGUAAGAAAAACUAGGGAUGACACUGAAAUAGAUAAUACUGCAGCUAGAGUUUUGCGGCCAUCUAAAGGAUCUAAGAAGCGAAGCCGCCAACUAUUUUGUGGUGAUGAAAGCUCUGGACUGGAUGCUCUGCAGACGCUGGCGGAUUUGUCUCUGAACAUCUUAUUUCCAACUUCUACAGUUGAAUCUGAAUCUUCCAUGCAGGUUAAGGAGGAAACACAAACAGCAGAUAUUGAUGAGAAACCUAAUAUACCUGAGUCAUUAUCAACAAAUCUUCAAAGAGAGAGAUCUAAAACUGUUGAAAGAAAAGACAAAGGGCGUUCUACGGCUCUUGAUGGAGUUUCCGGAAAAGGUACCAAGCUGUCAAAAGGUUUUGCUCCUGAUUCUAAGACGUCUUCUGAUAUGAAACAGCAAAAUAGCUCAUCCAGCACUAAGAUACAAAAGAGAAAGCCAAAAUCAUUGAUUGAAAAGAUUUCAAACUCCCAAUUUCAAAGUGAUUCCCAAAAAAGUGAAUUUUAUCAGACACAGGCUGUUGGAGAUGGAAAGAGGUCUUCAGCCAAAGUUAAACGAGCUUCUCAAAUUUUGAUGCAACAAAAACUAGGAAAAUCUACUAAAUCACAGGAGUGUCAUUUUAAUGCCAGUGAUUUGGGAAGAGUAGUUGUAGAUCCAAAUGAGACAGCUGUAGCCGAUUCUUCACAAAAUGAAGUAAUUUUCUCUACAAAAAGUAGGAACCGUCGUAAGAUGGAUUUGAAGAAAGCAUUGGCAGUAAAGGAUCCAAAAUCUAGUGAAACUGGUGUAGAGGAACAUAUGAAUAGAUACCCAUUCAGCAACAGAACAUAUGAUCUAAAGGAAACACUUUCUCACUGCUUAUCCUCUCAACUAUUACGUAGAUGGUGUAAGUUUGAGUGGUUCUACAGUGCUAUUGAUUACCCAUGGUUUGCCAAAAGUGAGUUUGUUGAGUACUUGAAUCAUGUCAGACUGGGUCACAUACCUAGGCUUACACGAGUUGAGUGGGGGGUUAUAAGAAGUUCUCUUGGCAAGCCACGCCGAUUAUCCAGCCUGUUCUUGCAGCAGGAGCGGGAGAAGUUAGAAGAAUAUCGGGAAUCAGUUAGGUUUCAUUAUGCUGAUCUCCGUGCUGGUGUAAGGGAAGGAUUACCAACUGAUUUGGCUCGCCCUCUCUCAGUCGGACAGCGAGUUAUUGCCUGCCACCCAAGAAUGAGAGAAGUUCAUGAUGGGAGUGUCUUAACUGUGGAUCGUAACCGCUGCAGGGUUCAAUUCGAUAGGCCUGAACUGGGGGUAGAAUUUGUAAUGGAUGUUGACUGCAUGCCAUUGAACCCAGUAGAAAACAUUCCUGAAGCCCUGCAGAGACAGAAUCUUGUCAUCAACAAAUUCUGUAGUGGCUUUUCAGAUUUAAGGUUGGAUGAACAAAAGGAGUUUAAGGCAAGAGACAGCUUGACAUUUGCUUCUACUGGGAGGUUCGAGGCUGUAGAUGGAGCUCCUCAAGUUUCCUCUUAUAGUUAUCCCAUGAAUACAUUAAUGAAUCAGGCAAAGGGAGACACACUUGAUGCUAUUGUACAGGCCAAAGCUGCUGUAAAUGAAGUUGCUGUUGCUGCACAGCAGGCCAUGUAUGGUCAACCGUUUACUUUGGCUCAGAUACAAGCUAGGGAAGCUGACAUUAGAGCGCUUGCAGAUUUGUCACGCACUCUUGAUAAAAAGGAGGCGUUACUGAUUGAAUUGAGUCAAAUGAACGAAGAAGUGUCUACUAAACAAAAGAAUGGUGAUCAUAUCAAAGAUUUGGAAAACUUUAGAAAACAAUAUGCUAUGGUUCUUUUACAACUUAGAGAUGUCAAUGAUCAGGUUGCUUCUGCUUUGCUCUUUCUAAGGCAGCGCAACACUUAUGAAAGAAAUUCUACUCUUACAUGGAACAAGUCAAAUGAGACCUCUGUACAACAGGGCUCUUUUAAUCCCACUGCACUCUUUGUCAAUGAUUCAGGAUCUAAUGUUUUCGAAGUUAUUCAGAGUUCAAGGCUCAAAGCAAAGACACUGGUUGAUGUAGCUGUUGAGGUAAUGCAUGCCCUUAAAGACGGAGAAGAUGCUUUUGUUAGAAUUGGGGAAGCUUUAGAACUCGCAAGUAGUGGAAAUCCUGUCUCCACAUCUGCUAUAGCAGCUGUUAGAAAUACUUCUACUGAUGCAGCACCUGACAAUAAACCAUAUCAGGACCACGGUACAUCCAGGUUAGAGGCAGCCACUGUUCAAGUUCCCAGUCCUAAAUGCCAAUCUUCAUUCAAUGGAACUGAAGUCCACUGUCCAACAGAGCUAAUUUCAUCCUGUGUGGCCACGCUGUUCAUGAUACAGAGGUGCACGGAGAGGCAAUACCCGCCAGCUGAGGUUGCUCAGAUCCUCGAUUCUGCUGUGGCAAGCCUGCAACCAUGCUGCCCUCAAAACUUCCCUAUUUUCCGAGAGAUUGAAACAUGCAUGGGAAUCAUCAAGAACCAAAUGCUUGCUCUUGUCCCCACUCCAAGUGCCAUGGUUGUUUCCGAUGCGCCUAUUUUGUAGGAAAAUAAUGCAAUUUUUUUUGUCCAUAUUAUUCUCAAUCACAUCAGGCUAUUCUUAAUCAGGUUACCUGACUUCAAAAUUUUUUCAGCCAACUAUGUUUUACAUUUAUCCCCACAUUUAUUGUGCUAAUAGCCACAUCGCUAAUUUAUUGCAAUUACCAAUUCUAUCGCAGAA